UUGUACAGGUAGCCAGGCGUUGGUCUCCAACCUGAGAACUCUGGCUCUUGUUCCUUGUGUCAUCCCAUAUUCCUGCCUGGCCUAGGAUGGACAUCAGCAAGGGCCUCCCAGCCAUCCAGGGAGGCCUCCACAUAUGGAUCACUGAGAACCAGAAGAUGGUGCCGGUACCCGAGGGGGCUUACGGGAACUUUUUUGAGGAACACUGCUAUGUCAUCCUCCACGUUCCCCAGAGCCCGAAGGCCACGCAGGGGGCGUCCAGCGACCUGCACUACUGGGUCGGGAAGCAGGCAGGUGCGGAGGCGCAGGGCACUGCGGCAGCCUUCCAGCAGUGCCUACAGGAGGAGCUGGGGGCCCAGACCGUGCUACACUGCGAGGCGCAGGCCCACGAGUCCGACUGCUUCUGCAGCUACUUCCGCUCGGGAAUCAUCUACAGGAAGGGAGGCCUAGCGUCUGACCUCAAGCAUGUGGAGACCAACUUUUUCAACAUCCAGCGACUGCUGCACAUCAAAGGGAGGAAGCACGUGUCUGCCACUGAGGUGGAGCUCUCCUGGAACAGCUUUAAUAAGGGUGACAUCUUCCUGCUGGACCUAGGCAAGAUGAUGAUCCAGUGGAAUGGGCCCAAGACCAGCAUUUCUGAGAAGGCUCGGGGGCUGGCCUUGACCUACAGCCUCCGGGACAGGGAACGUGGUGGUCGUGCACAGAUUGGUGUGGUGGAUGAUGAGGCCAAAGCCCCAGACCUCAUGCAGAUCAUGGAAGCUGUGCUGGGCCGCAGGGUGGGCAGCCUGCGUGCCGCCACACCCAGCAAAGAUAUCAACCAGCUGCAGAAGGCCAGUGUUCGCCUGUACCAUGUCUAUGAGAAGGGCAAAGACUUGGUGGUCGUGGAGUUGGCGACCCCCCCACUGACCCAGGACCUGCUGCAGGAGGAGGACGUCUACAUCCUGGACCAGGGUGGCUUCAAGAUCUAUGUGUGGCAGGGACGCAUGUCUAGCCUCCAGGAGAGAAAGGCUGCCUUCAGCCGGGCUGUGGGCUUCAUCCAGGCCAAGGGCUACCCAACCUACACCAACGUGGAGGUGCUGAACGACGGUGCCGAGUCGGCCGCGUUCAAGCAGCUCUUCCGGACUUGGUCUGAGAAGCGGAGCAGGAACCAGAAGCUCGGCGGGAAGGAUAAAUUGAUUCAUGUAAAGCUGGACGUGAGCAAGCUGCACACCCAGCCUGAGUUAGCAGCCCAGCUCAGGAUGGUGGACGACGGCUCUGGGAAGGUGGAGGUGUGGUGCAUGGAGGACUUACACAGGCAACCCGUGGACUCCAAACAUCAUGGACAGUUGUGUGCAGGCAACUGCUACCUUGUGCUCUACACGUACCAAAGGCUGGGCCGUGUCCAGUACAUCCUGUACCUAUGGCAGGGCCACCAGGCCACGGCAGAUGAGAUCAAGGCCCUAAACAGCAACGCUGAGGAGCUGGAUGUAACGUAUGGUGGCGCCCUAGUGCAGGAGCAUGUGACCAUGGGCAGCGAGCCCCCUCACUUCCUCGCCAUCUUCCAGGGCCAGCUGGUGAUCUUCCAGGAGAGAGCUGGGCACCAUGGAAAGGGGCAGUCAGCGUCCACCACGAGGCUUUUCCAUGUGCAAGGCACUGACGGCCAAAACACCAAGACCAUGGAGGUGCCAGCCCGUGCCUCGUCCCUCAACUCCAAUGACAUCUUCUUGCUGGUCACAGCCGGCAUCUGCUACCUCUGGUUUGGGAAGGGGUGUAAUGGUGAUCAACGUGAGAUGGCACGGGUGGUGGUCACUGUCAUUUCCAAGAAGAAUGAGGAAACAGUGCUGGAGGGUCAGGAGCCUCCCCACUUCUGGGAGGCCCUGGGAGGCCGGGCCCCCUACCCCAGCAAGAAGAGGCUCCCUGAGGAGGUCCCCAGAUUCCAGCCACGACUGUUUGAGUGCUCCAGGCAGAUGGGCUGCCUGGUCCUGGCAGAAGUGGUGUUCUUCAGCCAGGAGGACCUGGACGAGUAUGACAUCAUGUUACUGGACACCUGGCAGGAGAUCUUCCUGUGGCUUGGGGAAGCUGCAAGUGAGUGGAAGGAGGCGGUGGCCUGGGGCCAGGAGUACCUGAAGACCCACCCAGCAGGGAGGAGCCCGGCCACACCCAUCGUGCUGGUCAAGCAGGGCCAUGAGCCUCCCACCUUCACUGGAUGGUUCUUCACUUGGGACCCCUACAAGUGGACCAGCCACCUGUCCCACAAGGAAGUGGUGGAGGGCAGCCCAGCAGCAACAUCAACCAUCUCUGAGAUAACAGCAGAAGUCAACAACUUCCGGCUAUCCAGAUGGCCGGGCAAUGGCAGGGCAGGUGCCGUGGCCCUGCAGGCCCUCAAGGGCUCCCAGGACAGCUCAGAGAAUGAGCUGAUGCGGGGCCCCAAGUCGGGUGGCACCAGAACCAGCAGCUCUGUCAGCAGCACCAGCGCCACAAUCAACAGGGGCCUGCGCCGGGAACAACUGAUGCACCAGGCCGCUGAGGACCUGCCAGAGGGCGUGGACCCUGCCCGCAGGGAGUUCUAUCUCUCAGACUCUGACUUCCAAGAUAUCUUUGGGAAAUCCAAGGAGGAAUUCUACAGCAUGGCCACGUGGAGGCAGCAGCAGGAGAAAAAGCAGCUGGGCUUCUUCUGACCCCAAGCCCUCUCGACUGCCCCUACCCCCCACCCCAACAUACCUACAAAGCUGGGGAGGCCCUGCUUCCACUCCCCUCAGAGGCUUCUGGUCAUCCUCUGCUUGUCAGUAAAAGCAGGGAGCCCAUA